CAUUGUCCUGUGUCUCGAGUCGGGUCCCCGGAGGUUGUGGAUAAUUAGGGUUUUCUCAUCUGUGUUCGCGACAGAUAAAUCCUUAACAUCUGCAACAUAAAUCACGAUGACUGGGAAGGCGAAGCCAAAGAAGCACACAGCCAAAGAGAUCGCGUCGAAGAUCGACGCCGCUACUACGAACCGUGGCGGCGGGAAGGCCGGACUUGCAGAUAGGUCUGGUCACGAAAAAGGCGGCCACGCCAAACUUGAGUGUCCUCUCUGCAAAAUCACAGCACCGGACAUCAAGUCUAUGCAGAUUCAUCACGAUGCAAAGCAUCCGAAGAUCCCUUUCGACGAAUCGAAAUUGGUGAAUCUCCAUUCGAGCCAUUUGCCCGAGUCGUCGAAGCCUCGUCCUGGCGUGAGGGGUAGCUUCAAGAAGUGAUCUGGGUCUUUAUUGCUGAUGUGGGUCUGAAGAAUUCAUUCUGUUAACCCUGCCGGGAAACUCUAUCUCAGCACUCUGAUUGGACAGCUAGUUGAUUCCAUAACAGGUAGUGAGGUUGGAGCUGAAAGUGAUUCGGGAGACUGAAUCUGUAUAGGAACUGAAUUUAAUUUUUGUGGGUGUCAAUUGAAUUCUUAUGGAAGUGCAUAUACAAUCGAAGUCAAAUUUUAUUUGAUUUUCUAUCCAAACCAAAAGUUUUGAUGAUCAUAAACCAGGCCAGCCAUUUGGUUUUCA